AUGCCCCUGGAGCACCAGGACGCGCAGGAAAGGGCUCAAUGGGUCCAGCUCUACAGGCAGUCGCAGCGUCCCUUGGGUGAGAUUAUCCAAGAGGUCAUGCAGCAGCGGGAUGCCCACUGGGCCGCAGAGAGGCCCGUCUUUCCUCCUCUACCACCAGCCCUCAGCCAGAAGACCGAGACCAAGCAGGUCAUGGGUGGACUGGCCAGCAGCGGCUACAAGGUCAUGGGCUAUGGCCCCAACUGCGGUCCUACUGGGCCUGGACUUGGCCAGAUGCGACGGCUAUCAGACCGUGAUUCUGGCAGGGAUGGCCCAGGCUGGACUCCGUCCUUGAUCUUUGUGCAGGACGCCAAGCUCUACCCCCCGGAGUUCACCUUGGGGCUCAAGGCCUGGCCCAUGAUCGAGGACCUGCUGCAGCACAAGAUCUUCCACCAAUAUCGUGAGUGGCGUCUGCAGGCAGGGAUGCCGGUGGACCGGAGUAGGCAGCAGGGAGCCCUCGCGCACAAGGCGGCGCUGCCACCGGUCGUCUCCUUCGGUCUGGAGCCUGACGACCACUUUGCAGCGUCGUUGAAGGCUAGCUCCCAGCCUUCACCUUUGGAGGGAUUUCUCACUUUGGACGAUGACAUCCACUUUGCGGCCGAGGCGACCUGGCAGUCGCAGUCUUUGCCGGUUGACCCACGGAUUGGGGCCAUCGGGGUGCUGAAGGAGCUGGCCAGGAACCGGCACAUCGCCCUUGUGGCCCUCCUUUCCCUGUUGGCGUCCUGGCCCGAUCACGGACUUGCCCUGGACCUGGUGGUGGGUUUCCCGGCGGUUGGCUAUGCUCCCCCAUGUGGAGCCUUUGCACCGAAGCAGGUGAGCCCCAUCACCCUCGCCAAGGUUCUGAAAGAGGCAGCUUCCCACGACCUGGCCUUGCUUAGGACCAUCCGGCCGGGCCAGAUGGACCAGUUCAUCCUGGACAGCGGCCUCAAGGACGCAGGUAAGGGCUUCUGCACGGAGCCCUUGAAGCCCGCGCAGCAUGUCUGGGCGUUACACCAGGCUGCUCUGCGGCAUGGGUCCUCCAUCACGCAGGCCUCUGCAGGGAUGCAGAGCGCAGGCGAGGACUGGCCGGUUCCGAUGAAGCCGGAUCAGGCGGCGGUGAGGCGAUUCCUGGGCACCCUUUUCUCGAUGUAUUUUGAUGAUGGCACCAUUCAGGCGCUUAGUUCUGGAGUGCUGCGCGCAGGGACGGCCAGCAAGCUUUUCGGUUGCACCACUUUCUUCCAGGCCAUUGCCACAGCCGCGCUGGGCGCGGAGGCGGACAAGCAGGAGCCACUGCAGGUGAUCCUGGCGAAGCUGGAUGCCUCCAAGACUCGCACACUGGAAAGGUGUAUUCAGGCUGAGACGUCCCGGCGAAGGGCGCAGAGGCGACUGGCGCCGCUGCACACGAAACCCUUCGGCCCCAGCCGAUCUGUGGGCAGCCUCUUCCAGAGCUCAGGGCACCUGCCGCAACGGGACCUGAAUUCCUGGGAGCAGCAGAAGGCUGUGACGCCGGAGCGCAGCUGGAGUCAGUCGGCUAUGACUUGCGUUGGAGCGGUCAGCUUUUCUCCGAAUGCCACACGAUCCGGUGCCGAUGCACAGGAGACUCUGUCGCCAGUGCGCACAGAGCCCCAAGGUCGCCGGUCGGAGUCCAUGCCGCGACUGGAGGGGCAAAAGGCGUUGACCAGGCAGAGCUCAGAACCCGGGGGCCCUUUCGCUGGCCGUCAGGGCGUGCACGACCGCAGCAACGCCGCCAACGCGGUGCGCACCAAGCUGGAGGCUGCCGCCACAGCCUAUUCCUACUUGGGGCCCAGUUCCGACCUGCCAGCCGUGCCCGCGAUCCACCCUCUCUGGAGCUGA